GCCGGUGGGCGGGCCUUGGAGGGUGUUAUAAGGUGGCGGGAAGCGGGCGGGGCGAGGACUUUUCUCCCCAGAAUGUCUGCGAGUCAAGAGAGCCGAUCUAGAGACAAUGGCCCUGAAGGAAUGGACCCCGAUGGUGUCAUUGAGAGCAAUUGGAACGAGAUCGUGGACAGCUUUGAUGACAUGAACCUGUCGGAGUCUCUUCUGAGAGGAAUCUAUGCUUAUGGUUUUGAGAAACCCUCUGCCAUCCAGCAACGAGCCAUUCUCCCUUGUAUCAAGGGUUAUGAUGUGAUUGCCCAAGCCCAGUCUGGAACUGGAAAGACCGCCACUUUUGCCAUCUCCAUCCUGCAGCAAAUUGAGCUGGACCUGAAAGCCACCCAGGCGCUGGUACUGGCUCCAACAAGAGAGUUAGCCCAGCAGAUUCAGAAAGUGGUGAUGGCCCUGGGAGACUACAUGGGUGCAUCCUGCCAUGCCUGUAUAGGAGGGACAAACGUCCGCGCCGAAGUCCAGAAGCUGCAAAUGGAAGCACCCCAUAUCAUUGUGGGGACUCCUGGGCGGGUCUUCGACAUGUUGAAUAGGAGAUAUCUGUCACCCAAGUAUAUCAAGAUGUUCGUGCUGGAUGAAGCCGAUGAAAUGUUGAGCCGUGGUUUCAAGGACCAGAUCUACGAUAUAUUCCAGAAACUAAGUGGAAACACACAGGUGGUGCUCUUGUCUGCCACUAUGCCCAUGGAUGUCCUGGAGGUGACCAAGAAGUUCAUGAGGGACCCCAUCCGUAUCCUGGUGAAGAAAGAAGAGCUGACCCUGGAGGGUAUUAGGCAAUUCUACAUCAAUGUGGAGAGAGAGGAGUGGAAGCUGGACACCUUGUGUGACCUUUACGAGACCCUCACCAUCACUCAAGCUGUCAUUUUCAUCAAUACCCGAAGGAAGGUGGACUGGCUCACUGAGAAGAUGCAUGCCCGGGACUUCACUGUUUCGGCCAUGCAUGGGGACAUGGACCAGAAGGAGCGUGACGUCAUCAUGAGGGAGUUCCGCUCCGGUUCCAGCCGUGUCCUGAUCACCACAGACUUGCUGGCUCGUGGCAUCGAUGUGCAACAAGUCUCCCUGGUUAUCAACUAUGAUCUGCCCACCAACCGUGAGAACUAUAUCCACAGGAUCGGUCGGGGUGGCCGCUUUGGAAGGAAAGGGGUGGCCAUCAACAUGGUGACGGAAGAAGACAAGCGCACCCUGCGCGACAUCGAGACGUUCUACAACACCUCCAUCGAGGAGAUGCCUCUCAACGUGGCCGACCUCAUCUGAGCCCCUUGCGUUCUUGCGCGGGUGCACUCUCUGGGAGGCCCUUGGUGCCUAUAACAACCUCCCCAUUGGGCACAAAAUACACCCUUUACCCCACCCUCCCACCCAAAUUACCUGCCCUUUUCUAUUUUUUUGAGUUUUCUUGCCUUUUGAAUAAAUGUCACUUUUUUGGAGGCAAAAAAUGAAAUUUAUAGUGUUUCAUGGCGCUUUUCUGUCUGUUUCAGUCACUCUUUCCUCCCUCCUUUUCCCUCUCUUUCUCUCUCUCUACCUGCAAUAUCAUUUCGUAACUCAGUUGUCCAGACUGCCCCUGGCUUGAACCCACAACCCACCCAGGUCUCUUUUUUUGAGUGGGAAAGAGGAAGCAGACUUUAGAAAGCUGGCUUCUCAUCUUCUCUCACCUUCUGGCCAUAUCCCCCCCCAAAUUCAGUUUUUGUGGUCUUUUCUCCCCACGUUUUCCCUUUCCGCAGAAUCAUGGUGCUAACAGGGGAAGAAGGCAGGCUAAAGCUUGAGAAUUUAAAACCUACCUCAACAGGUCAUGGUUUUCUGUUCUCCCGCCUGAAAUCAUUGGUUUUACGAAUCCAAAAUUGCCAAGUUGUGUGUGUGUGUUUUCCCCUUCUAUCGACUACAUCAGACAAAAGCCCCUUUCCCUCUUCAUCCUACUUUCUUAAAACAAAAUCGAAAAAAACCGAAAACUUUUUCAUACAGCAAAAAAAAUCUGUGCGUGCAAAACCUUACCUUUUUUUUGUAUAGCUAUUAUUUAUUCAAAAGGAAAGUUACAGUGACCAAAAUAAACGUGAUCUUGAGGAAAAAUAAA